AUGUCUGAACAGCCCAAACACCGCAAGGGAAGCUUUGGAGGCUUCAUGGACCGGAUGCUUCAUCCUGGUCACCAUGACAACAAGGAUCAUCCCAAUCAAGACAAGGAUAACCAUGAGCCUCAACAUGAGGACGAGCCAAAGAAGGAAAGCGAAGCAGACAAGUUCAAGGACUACAUCAAGAAGGAUGAGCAAAUGGAAGAGGAGGGUAGAACUUAUGGAGGCUUGAUGUGA